GUCUCACUAACCGAAUAGAGCCGAUUUACAUACAUAUUUUAUCCUUCCUCUCCCGAUCUCUAGUGUCCAAGAUGAUGCUGGUGCCGCUGCUCGUGGUGGCUUUGGCGACGAUAGCGAGUGCCGCGAUCAACGAGGUGCGGACUCCUAGCAACAAGCCCGGCCGAUUCCUCUCGCUACCCAAACCCGAAAAGUGCGUAAACAGACCGAAGGAAUUCAACUUCAGAGGCCACAACUACUUCUUCAGCGGCCAUUUGCCGACAUUGACCAACACUAGUGUAGACUGGCUCGACGCACGUAACAUAUGCCGGGAGUUCUGUAUGGAUCUCGUCUCGAUGGAGACCCAAGAGGAGAACAAUCUGAUGUACAGGCUCAUCAUAUCAAACGACGUGCCGUACAUCUGGACGUCGGGUCGGGUGUGCGACUUCAAGGGCUGCGAGAACCGCAAGGAUUUGGAGCCGAAGGCGCUGUACGGCUGGUUCUGGUCGGCCAACCGCGAGAAGAUGUCACCGACGAACCAGGUGCCGUUGGGCUGGAACUACAACCCCUGGUCGCAGACCGGCCACAAUAAGGUACAUCAGCCCGAUAAUGCCGAAUUCGAAAUCAACGGGACCAAAGAGUCCUGCAUGGCCAUCCUUAACAACGUGUACAACGACGGCAUCGCCUGGCACGACGUGGCCUGCUACCACGAGAAGCCCUUCGUCUGCGAGGAUAGCGACGAGCUCCUCCAGUACGUGGCCGCCACCAAUCGUGGCAUUCGCCUCUGAACGCCUGCCUGAUAUGCACCGAAGAGAGUCACAGAGAGGGACCAUUGAGAUGCGCACGUGUAAUUAUCCUUGGGUCGAUCGAGGAGAAAGGAUUUUGAUCAUUCAUAGCAAUAUGUAUACCAUACGUUAUAACGUUUUGUCGCGUGCUCGCGCCAUCGCUCGUCGCUCGUUAACUAUAAGCUUUAGCGCCAAUACUAUUUUUUUAUUAUCAUUAAAGCAUAAUGGUAUUACUUUUUUUUUUUUUCCCACCACCAUUUUCUUACUUUACUUUUUCUCUCUCUCUCUCUCUUUGUACGAAAUUAUAUCGAGUAAUUCCAACGGCAGUGGCGGUGCUUUAACGUAACUGCAAGUAAACCAAGCAAGUUAUAAAUGCCUGUUGUAAAAAAUAUAUUUCCUAGCAUUUCCGAUGUUUGUACACCAGCGUCGUUCGCUGGAUUACUACUGUGUCAUUGUAUUGUCAUUACACGCAUUUUUAUUAUUACAAGUGAGCAAAAACAAAACAAGAAAAACGCAUGUUCUUUCGUGUAUUUUUUUUUUUUUUUUUUUCAUGCCCAGUGAAAUUUGUCAUUCCUGUAAUUGAUACACUGUAUAAUUAAGAACGUACAAGUAUUUAUUAAUGAGAAAAACGAUCUGUCUGUUCGUCUAUGUACAUUUGCGAAUAAACUGUAU